AUGUCCCGCUUCCGCCGGGGUCCAGACGCAGGCAUGGCGGCAGAGGUGAUGCGCAGGAACUUCGGUGCGGGGACAAGAGAUAAAGCCGCGAUGAGCCGCAAGGAUCCGAGGAAGUAUAAGAGGAGGGGAGGAGGAGCACUGGCGAAGAAGAAAGAUUAG